AUGGUCACGUUUGCCGGCCUCUUCGGUGCUGCUGCAACUGCCGCCGUCUUCGCUGUCGCAGCUGUCAAUGGCGAUCAGGACACGACCUCCGCAGUGAGCGCUUCGGUGCAACCGGCAGCAGACCUUUUGAGCGUCAGCAGAGCGGACCUCACAGUGGACACUGCCUGUGUGCUCACGGACUUCCGAAGCGCGACGCCCGACUUUAUCGCGCUGAACAACAUCGUGGCCAUUAUCAAAAAUUCGCCGUCGCUGCUGUCGCCGUACGUGAGUGAUCCGCUCAUCAUUGAAGACGUGACGCUCGCGGCGCUCAACUACUCGUACUUGGGCUACGACCUCUUACUGACGCCGACGUUCAACUGGUUCAACGUGUCGGGCAUCACGACCAUUGCGCCCUACGCGGUGAACGUCACGAGCCAUAACAAAGUGAACUUGGGCGCGGCCUUCACGGGCACUGUCGCGCUCAAUGGGACGAUCACGUUCGAAGUCGCACAGCUGAAGCGCAGCUGGGCGCAGAUCUGCGUCGUCGACCCAUUGCACCCGAUCGAGUGCAACUCGCAGACUGUGACAGUCCACUUGACGGUGUCGGUCGAAAAGCCGCACGUCACGGCCAACGUGAAGGCCAACGUGAUCGAGUGCGCGCCCGGGAUUCCCGUUACUGCGUGUCAGAACUUGACCAUGAGCACGAUCACAGUCGACGCUCUGGGGGGGAACAUCUCAGCCGUGUACGCGUCUGUCUACAAACACUUGAAAGACGUGAAGAUCAACACGCUCAAGUUGGGGUGGGACGUGAUCACGGAGAACGACAUUGCGUACGUCGUGCACGACGCGAACCCGUUCGUGUCCCACUUCCUCACGCAGCUCCUUAGUACGGACAUUGAUAGGCUGAACGAAAAGGGCGCGUACUACCAUCGCUAUGUACACGUCGUGCGGGCGAUUCUGCUCUCGCUCAUGGACAAGACGGUCGACUCGUCGCUCGAGCCGCAGUUUAGGGCCACGUGCUUGUGA